AUGGGAGGCGACACUAAACCUGCUUUGCAGGUGAUUAUAUUGGGCUCUGGAGGCGGUCCUCAGGAAUCAAAUACAACUGCUUUUCUGGUUCGCUCUGUUGGCGCAAAAUGGCAUCGUGGUUCCAUCAUCGCCGUCGAUGCUGGCGUUCAUCUCUCCUCCAUCACACGUAUCAUGGAAGAGUCGAUACCAUCACCACCACCGACUCCUCCUUUCACACUCACCACAGGUCCCUUUGCAGGUCUUGAGCUUCCCUACUCUUCACCCGCGGCCAAUGCUGCUCACAUCACCCGAACUCUUGUCGACACCUAUCUCAUCACACAUCCUCAUCUUGACCACAUCUCAGGGUUUGUAGUCAACACAGCUGGCUUCCCAGGCACGAGACCAAAGAAACUGGCUGCUUUGCCCAGUACGAUCAAGGCCUUCAAGAACCAUAUCUUUAACAACGUCAUAUGGCCAAAUCUAAGCGACGAAAACAACGGAGCAGGUUUGGUGACUUAUAUGAGAUUGGUUGAAGGCGGCAGCCCUUCACUCGGCGACGGCGAAACUAGAGGUUACAUCGAAGUCGCCGAUGGACUCCUCGUCAAGAUAUGGAGCGUGAGCCACGGACACUGCCUUGAGAAGCACAGUCAUAGGGGAUCGACAUCAAGUACGUCCACUCGCUUCAGCAGCCACGACGCAUCCAUGCCCCACGGUCCACCUGCUCGCUCAAAUUCCUACUAUCCGGGGUCCCUGCACCGCAGCUCAGUCUUGCUCUCGCAGGGUAGCUUUGGUUCCAUAUCUUUACCUCCAACACCUGAUCAGGAGCGCAUGUGCGUCUACGAUUCAAGCGCAUACUUCAUUCAAGAUCCCAUAACCAACCGCGAAGUACUCAUCUUUGGUGACGUCGAACCCGACAGCAUAUCGCUUAGUCCGAGGAACCUCCAGAUCUGGCAAGAAGCAGCACCCAAGAUCGCUUCGGGGAAUCUCAGGGCCAUUUUCAUCGAAUGCAGCUAUGACGACUCGCAGAGCAACGACCGCCUCUUUGGCCACCUGAAGCCCGUAUUUGUCAUGGAAGAGCUGCGUGCUCUGGCGACAGAGGUCAACACCGUUCGCAGCAUGCGUAGUGCUGAUACCAAGAAGCGCAAGCGCAUGGGCAGUACGGUUGACGAGGGUCCUCGACGGAAUCCCUCUCUUGCCAACUUUACAUCUGAAGACCCUGUGUCUCCCAAGACGCUCAAGGCUUCAACGCCAGAUUUCGUGUACCCAGGUCCCCAGACGCCUCCGACGCCACACCUCGCUACGCCGACAGCAGAGUUGACACUCAACCCGUCUGAUUCGAUUACAUCGGUGCCCGCAACGAGGAAACCUCUGGAAGGUCUUCAAAUUGUCAUCAUUCAUGUCAAGGACCGAUUGGACGAUGGCCCCGACGUCGGAAAUACCAUACUGGAGCAAUUAAACGAUCACGAGAGCGAGGCGCAAUUCGGAUGUGAAUUUAUCAUUUCUAAACCUGGAAAGAGCUUCUACCUUUGA